CGAUAGAUUUUAUUAACAGCAGCGAAACGUGCGGUAGUUCGUGGUUGUCAAAACAACAAUGGCAGAUGGGCAGUUUACACUUUACUUCGCUGCGUGUGGACGAAUUCGGUCGGUGAAUAAAGUUUGAUAGUAUAUUUUUUAAGAAUUCUAUUUACAUUAAGGUCGACUUUUCGAUAAGGCAAAGAUACGGUAUCCGAUUAUAUACGUCGAUAAUUGCGGCUGCCCUCUUCUAUAUAAGAUACUGUUACCCAUUUAAGGAAAAAUAAGAAAACAACCUUCACUAAGAUGUCAUACGUUCAUACGUCAGUCCCAUGAUCGCAGACGACAAAUACUUAGUAACUCGGUGCUUGAACAUUUUUAUUUACCUAAAUCAUUCCACGUGUAACGCGUUCUACGAAUAAAUAAUUACAGUCUUUAGUAAUGAGAAUUAAAAUUUAUCGAAAUGUAGGCCGGUGAGGCGCGACGACGAAUUCGUAGUGUUAAAUAGCCAAUUUCUAACCUUAGUUAUAUGAUGUGAUUAUAACCUUCGAGAAUUCGUCACAAGUAGUAGAAAAUUACAAAUUGUAUCGUUAUACGGGAAAUAAAAUCAGGAAAAUGUGCCACCCGAUAAUCAGGCAUUCUUAAACACUGUGAUGUGAUUUGUGUAAAUGAGAAGACACACCCUGAAAUUGGAUUCUUCAACGAGAGGCAAUGUUUCGAAGUCGUAGCUGGUUUGGCGGGGGCCUUUGGAAACCCAAAAAUCCACAUUCUCUGGAACAUCUAAAAUACCUUUACAACGUCUUAUCUAAGAAUCAUACUGUCUCCGAGAAUAACAGAGGCCUACUAGUUGAGACCUUGCGUUCGAUAGCUGAAAUUUUGAUCUGGGGCGAUCAAAAUGACAGCAGUGUGUUCGAUUUUUUCCUGGAGAAAAAUAUGCUUUCAUUCUUUCUUCGGAUAAUGAAACAGAAAUGCGGUAGCUACGUAUGUGUUCAACUCCUCCAAACGCUCAAUAUCUUGUUUGAGAAUAUUCGCAACGAAACAUCUUUGUAUUACUUAUUGAGCAACAACCAUGUAAAUAGUAUAAUUGUUCACAAAUUUGACUUCAGUGACGAAGAAGUCAUGGCUUACUACAUAAGCUUUCUCAAAACUUUGAGCCUUAAACUGAACGUCCAUACUAUUCACUUCUUCUAUAACGAGAUUCUUUCAUAUAACUUGACAUCUAAAUUUCAGCAUACGAACGACUUCCCACUAUACACCGAAGCUAUCAAAUUCUUCAAUCACACUGAGGGCAUGGUGCGCAUUGCAGUGCGCACUUUGACGCUAAAUGUGUAUCGUGUUGAAGAUGCUUCAAUGCUGACAUUCAUCAGAGACAGGACGGCAGCUCCAUAUUUUAGUAAUCUUGUUUGGUUUAUUGGAAAUCACAUCAUUGAACUAGACACUUGUGUUAGAAACGAUGCCGAUCACCAGAGUCAGAAUAGGCUCUCGGAUUUAGUAGCUGAACAUCUCGAUCAUCUGCAUUACUUGAACGACAUUCUUUGCCUGGAUAUACCAGAUUUAAAUCAAGUUCUUACCGAACACUUGCUUCACAAAUUAUUGGUGCCUUUGUACGUUUAUUCGUUAACCAGGCAUAAGUCACAAUUUUUUCAAACUAAGGAGAAGAAGAAACAUGUCAGUGCCGUUGUAUCCCUGUUUCUACUUUCACAAGUAUUUUUGAUUAUAUCGCACGGACCACUUGUUCACACUUUGGCUGCUAUAAUAUUGAAGUCUAAUUUAAAUAUAAUCGAAAAUGGUGCAAGUCAAUUACUGGAGGAUUAUACAAAUGUGUCCGCGGUUGAGAAAAUAGCAUUUGUACAGCCGCAGGAAAGCCUGAAAAAGUCGCUCGAAAGUUUGAACGAAACACAGAGCGACGGGAUCGUGUCGGAGAUUCAGUUUACUGCUGCAGAUACAAUUGAGAAAACCACAGAAUGUGAACUGACUGAGAAUCCACCUUCAGUUGAACCAAGUACUUCCAGUAAUAUGUCAAAAACUUUGCCACGACCUGAAGUUCUAAAUAUUGACACUUCAAACGAUACACUGAAUAAAAUAAAGAACCUUAAUGUGACAGAUGAAGAGAAGGAACAGCGGCUGGCUCUCGAAAGUCCAUUAACACCUCAGCAAUCGUCGAGUGAUGUACAGGAACCCUUGGCCAAUAAACCAUUUUUGGAAUCUAUAUUAAAUGCAUUAAGCUGUACGGAAAACGACUAUGCAGCGUUGUUUUCAUUAUGUUUACUGUAUGCUUUAGCUAAUAAUCAGGGUAUCAAGCCUGAAAUGUUGGACUGGGUAUUAUCCCCGUCACAGAAAACAUUUACGAAAAAUUGGUACAAUGAAAUUCUUGUAGAUAGACUGAUUCAGAUAAUCACGUUGAGUUGUCAAACAAACACUAAGGUACGAUUAGUCACACUGGAUUUAACUAUCAAGCUACUUCUACAAUUGGUCAUGUCAGAUGGUCAGAGUUUGCUGCAAGAUUAUCAUUUAGCAGCCAUUGAAUCUGCUAAAGAACAAAGUACUUCAUUGCUUAGGAAUUUUUAUAAGAGCGAAGACAUAUUUUUAGAUAUGUUUGAAGAUGAGUAUAGCGAGUUACAAAAAAGGCCUUUGAAUGUUGAGUGGUUGAUGAUGGAUAGCAACAUAUUGCUUCCACCCACUGGAACUCCGAUGACCGGCAUUGAAUUCAGCAAACGACUACCAUGUGGCGAGGUGGAAAGAGCAAGAAGAGCAAUAAGGAUAUUCUUUUUGAUCAGGGAAUUGUCAUUAACACUUAAUGGACAACCAGAGACGCAUCUACCCUUAACAAAUUUGGCAACCUGCGUCCAGGUUAACAACGUCCUUGAUCUAAACAAUACGGAUCUCAUUUCCUGCACCAUUGUUGGGAAAGAUGGGCAAAAAAUUCGACGGUUCUUAGUUAUGGACUUAAUUCAAAUAAUUCUUGUCGAACCAGACACGAGGAAGUUAGGAUGGGGAGUAGCGAAAUUAGUCGGCCUACUACAAGACAUAGAAGUUACAGGAGAUAAAGAUGAUUCCAGAUGCCUCCAUUUGACAAUUCACCGACCUUUAAGCAGCAGUGCUACCAAUAGGGUACCCUUACUUUCGGCAAAAUGUAUUCUCGAUGAUCACAUAAGAUGUAUGGCAGCUAAACAGAGAUUGACAAAAGGAAGAAUCAAGGCGAGACAAAAGAAAAUGAGUCAGAUAGCAAGACUGCUAGAUAUUCCAACUGGCAUUCCGCACUGUCCCACACCUCCGAAUUAUACAUUGCUCAAUGUACGACAAGAACGUACAACAGGAAGAGGACAAAAACAAAAAGACCAUCCAAGGCCCAUGUUUACAGUAAAUAAAGUCCCAGGAUUUGCAGCUCAAAUGCGACGUGAUAGUUCAUCACGUUCAGUUGCUGGGCAAUCUGCAGCGAAUGGUAAACUUUCUGAUAGUAGCCCAAAUGGCAAGAUGCGCGAGAAUGGUCUCAAGUCUCGCGAACAUUCGCCGAAACUGCCAAGACCAAGAAGCGAGGAGAUUCCGCUUGAAGAUAUGCGCAGUAGAAAAGCGUCUUUAGGGAAAAAUGUCACUUGCCUCCCCAUAGCAAUUCAGGAGAGAAUAGAUGUUGCAAUUACUAGUACAACUCCUCUAUCUGACACAUCUCCGGUAUUAAAAAAAUCUGAAGAAACCUCGUUCACGUCACCUCAAAAUCAAGAAGAGCCAAAAACACGUAGAAAGGGUCAGGUGGAAACUGUUUGAUCUCGAUCUACCAUGUAAAAACAUGGGAAUUUAUCAAAUUCAAGAGAAAUCAUAAUGGAUUAUUUCAAGGUUCGGGCUUCAUAGGAAUCUCGGCUGUAAUCAAUGUAACAUUACACAGAUUCAAGACGUUCGUUUGUUAUUAGUCAAGCUCAUGUUACCGACACGCCCCUACAUAUCAAUGCUCAAAAUAUGAAUUGUUAGAAAAGUCUUCUUCAAUAAUUUUGUUGGGGGGAAAAAAAACCGUUGCAUUUGCUGAAAAGUACUUUACUUGAAUCCCCUACAUUGUAAAAUAUUCUACAUCGAUCAAUAUAACGCAUUAAACUACACUGACUUGUAAUUCAAUAGAAUCAUGGUGGCGAUAUGUGAAUUGAAAUAUGGCAAUUUAUUGUGAAUGUUUACGGGUAUGUGAUAGUGUAUCAUUUUGUAUGAUAACGAAACUCGAUCAUUGCUUUUUAGCUUUGUAAAAAAGAAUGGUGGCACAUUGUUGUCUAAUAAUAAGUUACUGACUACGUAUGUAAUUAAAAUGUGUAUAUAAAAUUUACUAAUUGUUUAUUACCUGAAGCUUCGAUUUAGCAUUCAUUCUAAACUUGUAUUAAAAAGAUGAAUUCAGU